AUGCCGCACGAGAGCCUACGGAAAUGGGGUGAUUUCAGAAAGCAAAUUUCACAGCUCAUGUCAUCUGGUACUACAUGUAGCUAUAUUCAAUUACUGAAUACAUUCCUGUACACCCAUUGUGGCUACAGAGUGAAAGAAAAGUGUCAACGUGUAGAGAAACGUUUAGAGAAAGCGUGUAGCAAGAUGAGGCAGAAAUUUGUUGGAAAAAGUGGGGCAGCAUACAGAAAGCUCUGCCAGAAAGACCUAAAUCUAGCCCUGAGGUUAAAUGAGUUGGUGACAGUUGGUGAGGUAGACUCUGCCUUGGCCACAGAAAAACUCAAGUGUGCGAAGAUUGAAAUGGUAAACAAGGAGCUCGACAAGUCUUUAUCGGAUGCAAAAGUGGCUGAUCAAGCUAAAACUGAGGAACUUUGCAAUGCCCGGAAGGAAGUUGAGGAAUUAACUCUUGAGAACAAAAGCCUUAAGGACCAUGUUGAGAAACUUGGCCAGCAUCUCAAUUUCAAUAAUGGAGGAAAGAAGAUCACAGAAUAA